AUGCUGAUGACGUCACUCUUCUGGGUGACAAUACACAGUCCAAAACGCUUUAAACCGCUUGGCGAUAGACGUCUCCAGACAUGGAUCGACCAGCUGCUUCGAUGGGAUCCGGCUAACUACUCAAAUAUUCGCGAGGUUCGAAUACCCCCGGAAUUGAUUUGGACACCGGAUAUCGUACUCUAUAACUAUGCUGAUGAACGUUUGAAAGAGCGACGUGACGUCAUGCUCAAUGUGGACUAUUUGGGUCGUGUGUUCUGGAGUCCGCCAGCGAUCUUCAAAUCAAACUGUCGCAUUGAUAUACGCAAUUUUCCGUUCGAUUAUCAAUAUUGCUUCCUCAAAUUUGCCUCAUGGACACAGAACAGCGCGGAGUUGGAUUUGCAAUUCCUGGACAAUUUGACCGAGGUUGACGUGGAUCAAUAUACGUCGAGCAAUGAGUGGACAAUUGUAGCCCGACCAGCGCGUCGUUUUGUCAUGAUGUCUGAGGAAUGUGGAAAAUCGAUUCCGGAUCUCACGUUCUUUUUAUUUCUCAAACGCAACCCGGCAUUCUUCGCCUACUUGUUGGUGUUUCCCUGUGUAUUGCUCAGUCUGCUCACAACCGUGACAUUUUGGCUACCACCACAUGUGCCGGCAAAAAUGUUGCUAAGUUACUUCUACUGUCUCAAUUUGACCCUGUUGAGUUUUUCCACCUUUGUCUCCACUGUGGUCAUCAAUAUUCACUCGUACGGUCACAAAAGCGGCCCCGUACCACCGUAUCUGGCUAGGCACAAAUGGUUUAUGCGAGCCUGUUGCGAGUAUCCGUCGUCGCCCAACUCAGCACUAGCCGCCCGGGAUUAUGGUUCGUACAACAAAUGA